AAUGUACCUACAGGUAACGCGUCGUUCGAUUCUGUGUAAUUCUACAGCGUGCUACAAUCGGAUCUACUACUGGUGUGGUGUCACGUGAAUAAUAUUGUGAUUGCAACAAAUACACUAAUGUUGUAUAAAAUGUAAAUAAUUAAAGAUUGAAAUUCUCUCCACAUUAAUUAACAGAAGAGAAAAAAGAAAUACUCAAUGAAGACAUCGAUUUGAUGUUUGAUCAUGUCAAAGAUAACAGGUUAUGACACUCACGACGACGGGCCGGGUUUCGUAGGUAUCCGAUUUUGUCAGGAAUGUAAUAACAUGUUAUACCCGAAAGAAGACAAAGAAAACAAAGUGCUGAUGUACGCGUGCAGAAAUUGCGACUUUAAGCAACUGGCUGACAGCAACUGCAUCUAUGUAAAUAAGAUCAUGCACGAGAUAGACGAGUUGACGCACAUUGUCGCCGACGUGAUAUCGGAUCCUACAUUGCCGAGAACUGAGGAACAUCCAUGCCCGAAGUGCAAUCACAGGGAGGCUGUGUUUUUCCAGGCGCAAACUAGGAGGGCUGAGGAGGAAAUGAGACUGUAUUACGUGUGCACGAAUCAGCAUUGCUCUCAUAGAUGGACGGAGUAGGAGAUACGUGUAUAUAUAUAUAUAUAUAUACCUUUAAUGUAUCUCUUUUUUUAUUUGUGUGUAACUUAAUAAUCAAGUCUGACAUUGCAAUAGGAUUUGUACAUGAACAAGAUGCAACACGUAUAUAUAUGUAAUAUAUAGAAUAUAAAAAUUUAAAGUUCAAGUAUGAAACUAAGAAAGUACAAUAGCAAAAGAGCAUAGAUUGAUCGUAAUAAUAAAUUACCGUGAGGCUUAA